UUCAAAUCUACGAUCCGAUAUUAACAUAAUAUUCUGUGUGACUUUGGUGAGGAUUUGAUCAGAUUUGGUCAUAUACAUGGGUCAUUGCUUUUCGUUGCCGUCUUCAUCAUCGGAGAUUCAUGAGGAGAAUGAGCAUGGUGAUGGUAAUGCGGUUGUGUGUUAUGGAGAAGAUCAUGACCUUAUGGUUCAUCAUCGUCUUGGUUCCGUUUGCUCUAUACAAGGAACCAAAGGACAUAACCAAGAUCAUGCUGUUCUUUACCUGGGAUACGGGACAAGGGAUACAGAACUAUGUGGAGUGUUUGAUGGGCACGGCAAAAAUGGACACAUGGUGAGCAAAAUGGUGAGGAAUAGAUUACCAUCGGUUCUGUUAACACUCAAGAACCAAGAAUCUAAUGUUUGUGAAGAAGAAGAUCAUAAAUGGGAAAAAGCUUGUUUCACUGCCUUCAGACUAAUUGAUAGAGAGCUUAAUCUCCAAGUCUUUGAUUGUUCUUUUAGUGGCUCUACUGGUGUUGUUGCCAUAACUCAGGGAGAUGAUCUCGUGAUAGCAAACCUUGGUGAUUCAAGGGCAGUAUUGGGGACAAUGACCGAGGAUGGUGACAUAAGGGCAGUGCAGUUAACAUCUGACCUAACACCUGAUGUCCCUAGUGAAGCAGAGAGGAUCAGGAUGUGUAAAGGUCGUGUUUUCGCAAUGAAAGCAGAACCGUGCAGCCAAAGGGUGUGGUUACCCAACCAAGACAUACCAGGGUUAGCCAUGUCAAGAGCUUUUGGAGAUUUCAGGCUCAAAGACCAUGGAGUUAUUGCGGUUCCUGAGGUCUCUCGAUACCGAAUGACUUCUAAAGACCAGUUCCUUGUACUCGCUACUGACGGGGUUUGGGAUAUGCUUAGCAAUGAUGAAGUUGUAUCGCUAGUAUGGAGUUCUAGAAAAAAGCAAGAUACGGCCGCUAAAUUGGUGGCAGAGGCGGCUGAAGCUACUUGGAAGAAGAAGCUUAAAUCGACCAAGAUUGAUGAUAUUAGUAUAAUAUGUCUUUUCUUACAGAACAAGGAACAACUAAGUUGUACCAUGCACACUUGAAUGAUCAUAAGAUAUAUACUACGCUAUAUAUGAUGUUCGCAGAAUUGUUAUCAUAGCUAGAUACUGCUGAACCAAGCACAAAUCUUAGAAAACUCAAUGUAAUUUUGUAAUGUGACUAUUGACUUAUAAUGGACACUAAAUAUUUUUGUAGUAA